UUAUAAACACCAUUCAAGUGGUGCGAUAACGUAAAAUCUUCCACAGCCAAACACACAAACAAAAAUAGAGAAUCCCUCCCUCAAUUGUUUCAACCGCCAUUCCUUCACUACAACAGCAAACUAUUCAGAAACCUUCUCUGCAACAACAAACUAUUUAGAAGAUAAUACAAAUUCAAAUGAAUAUGGAGUACACAACUUUGAAGCAGAUAUCGAGGGACAAAGAUAAAUCAAAAGUGAAAGUUAGAGUUUUACGAAUGUGGGAUGCAAUUAAUAUAGCAAACAACCAUGAUCUGAUUAGCCUCGAUAUGAUAUUGGUUGACAAAGAGGGAACAUUGAUACAUGCAAGCAUCAGAAAGAAUCUUGCUCAAAGUUAUCAUCCACAACUAAAUGAAGGGAGCAUAUAUACAAUUACAAAUUUCUUAGUUGAAGAAAAUAAAGGGAACUAUUGUCCAGUACAUAACAAACUCAAAAUACUUUUCAAUUCAACAACUUCAGUCUCAAAAUUUAGCGGAUUUGAUCAUUCGAAACCUCAAUCCCAAUCUGAAUUUGCUGAUUAUGGAACAAUAGCUUCCCAUUGCUAUGACACUACUUACUUGACUGAUGUGAUUGGCAUAUUGGACAACAUUGAAGCCAUUGGGGAGAUCAAAACAAGUGGACGUCCAACAAAGAUGAGAAACAUUCAACUAUUGUUAGAAGAGGGAUUAUCAACUAUCAUCCACUUUUGCAACAAAGUUGUAUGUCAAUUUAGACAUUUCAGAAGUUGCAGAAAUUAGAAACAAGACAUAAUGGAGGAAAUUGUAAGAAAAUUAAGGAAGGACAAGUACAUAGCCAGUCAAAAAAUAGAAAUAGAAGAAACAUCUAUUGAAAGACCUGAAUUAACUAUUCCUAUAACUACUAAAGAUGGAAGACCUGGUCAUAAAAGAAUGCCGCUCCAAAUGCUUCAAAAACAUCAAAAGGGUACUAAGCAAAUUGCAUCAAAGAGGAAAAAAAGUUAUGAAGACUUUAAGAUCUAAAUGUAUUAGAACUUUAAUGUGUAA